GGGAGCGGGCUAGCUGCUCUCUAGGCAGACGAGCAAGUGAAUCUUGUACGCGUUAGCAAGCCCAGCUGUUGUCUGGUAAUAGCGAGUAGGGUACAGCUGUUGCAGUGUCUAAGAAGCAUUGGGUUAUCUCUGUAUUUUUCUGGAGUAAGCUGACUACCUGGGCACUGUGAUGUGCCAGAUAUUACUGCUGCUUCAGCAGGAUGUUACGGCUGUAGGUUUUACAGGGUACUGAGGCUGAUAUUCGUGUCUGCUGUGGGUGGAAUGAUCAGGUUUGUUGUACUUGCUGCCACUAGCUGCUGGAUCCUGUAGACAAGGAGUGCAGUAGAUGCCUUCAUGGUUUGUGCGCCAGCCAUGGUGGCCACUGAUCAGAACAUAGUAUUAAGAGAUGGCUUUUUUUAGUCUGUGCUGUACCGUGCUGUGAAGAUGCCUCUUCAACAAGGGAGAAUAAAUCUCAGUAGUUACAGUGUACAAUAGCAGCUCUGUCAGGCUGAAUUGUCAGGUAGGAUAUGCAAGUGUUGGUGUCUAGAUCCAGGCCAUUAGUAAAUUUUGCUUGGUGCCUACCACAGAUGUGACAACUCUUAGAUACUUGUUGGAGAGAGAUACACGUGCACAUAUAAGCCCAGAAUAUGCCUAUGCUGUGUACCACAGGUCCCCGGUGUGUGGGAGCUCUUGCAGGGUCUGCCCGGCUCCUCCACACAGCGAUGGACAGGGAGCAGCUUCCUGCAGUGAAGUUAUGGGGAAUGCUGCUGGAGAUGGAUGCAGCGGUCAGAUUUUGUCUGCACAUGCAUGUAUUCAGCCCUAAAGAACUGAGAUUGAUAAGGAGAGGUUUUUUGUUCUGAGGGUGACUGAGUGCUGGAGGCUGCCAGGAGAACUUUUGGAGUCUCCCUCACUGGAGAUAAUCCAAAUGUCUGCACAUUGUCCUGUUGUAGUGACUGGGCUUGAGGGAGAGGCUGGAUGAAGGCAUUAGUGUCUGUAUUAACCAAUUAACCACAGUAAUCUAAAACUACCAAUUUUCUAUCUAGGUACACGACACACCUCCUGCUCCAGUGCAGGCAUAUAAUUCUGCCAUUUAAUUCUUUUAAGUUGGUAUUUAGGCUUGUAUUUUUGAAAUGUGAUUGAUGAAAUGUUUCAACUGAGCUUUUUUUUAAAGUGAAAAUUCCAAGAAUGUUAUUUUGGGCAUAGUUUGAAAAAGCAGUAUGCAGGCUUAUCAAAUGUUAAUUUUAAAAAAAGUGAGUAUAUCCAAUCAUUGCAUAUACACAUCUGUUCCUCCAAAUCUGUUGGAAAAUGUAGGCACAUUCUUCUCUGUGCUUCAUAUAUGGAAAAAUGAUUUUGUGUUUAUAAGUUACUAGAAUCUAAAAGGUUUAAAAUCCUUCCUGGACAUAAAGUGAGGUGCCACAAGCGCACAGUAGGAGUAGACUAUUUUAUUUAUAUUGUUAUGUGGUGUUGGAGGGCCUCUAACCAGGCCCUGUGUUCAUGAUAUGGUAGGAUCAGGUAUAUUUGAUUGGUUUACAUAGUUCUGCUGGAAUUGAAAAGAUUAUUUUACAACAAUGGUUAUUUGUAUUUUUCUAACUCUUGGAAUUUACUUGUUGGAGCUGUAGAAUCUCUAGUCAGUUUACAAUUGACUUGCACUCCAGUCAUUAGAUUACAUUUGCUUUAGCUCUUCAAACCAUGUAAAUUGUCAUUGACCAAGGGUGCACAGGCAUAACUUCCAGGAAGACUGUUAUGUUAUGCAAUCUCUAAGACAUUAAGAGUAAUUUGUGUGUAGAUCCAUGGGAUCAAAAAGGAGGCCAUUGGGGAUUCGUGGUUUUGAGAAAUGUGAGAGAAUGCUUUUACAGGUCUCUUAGUAUGGUAAAAACUUUGGCUUUUUGGAAUUUAAAAAUGAAGUAUUCAGAAUGUAAAAUGUGUUUUUAUCAAAACCAAUGUGUGGAUGAAUUUAAAUAAACUAAUUACACUGUAUCUUUUUUACCUUACCUAUCUAUUUGCGAAGAUUAGUGUUACAGAUAGAAAUCCAUAAUUUAAUUGUUAAUCUAUUCUCUUUUGGUCUGUUCACCAAGCUUGCUAUAAAAAUAUAUUUAGAUAUUCUAAGCUUGUACGUUAGUAGGUGCCAUUUUCUGAAUUUAAAAAUAGACUGCAUGUGUUGCAUAAAAUGCCUUUGGGCAGGAGAGGAGGGGGAUAUCUGUCUGGUUGACAUGGAACAUAAGAAAAAAUCUGAAGUAUGCUAGAGCUAAAUAUACUGAUAAGCAUGCAGCUAUGGGGGGAAAUGAGUUAAAAUGUAUUGAGUUUGGUCUGAUUAGCACAUUAAAUGCCAGCAGAACAGUCAUACCCAAGCUUUUAUUUCAGAAAUAAUCAUCAUGUUGCUGUGAAGACAACUCGGCCCUUGUAGCAUGUGCAAACAAAGGAAAUAUUUCUUUGGAGCCAGGUUGCGUGGGGUGCCGCUGCUUUGCUCUUUGUUCUGCCACUGUCUGCAGCGCUGGUGCAGAAAAUGGAUGCUGCAAGGUUUAGUUAAACUUAGAUGCUGUAGCCCUGCAAAGGUCUUGAACUGAUUCUGCUUUCUAAAAAAGUAAAGUCUGAAGCAGAACUGAUUCUGCUUUCUAAAAAAGUAAAGUCUGAAGCAGAUGUAAAUGAGCAUGGCCGGGCUUUUCCUGAUGGCUCAGGGUGAUACACCUUGGGAUGCGAGGCUGUUCUGCCUCCUUCAGAUUAGCUCAUCAUAAGGAGAGGUGUGAGAUUUUUGCAGGUUUAAGAAUAAGAUCACUGCAGCAGGAGGCCCUUGUCAGAGGGGCAGGGUUGGCCUGUCUAUCCCUCUGUUCCUUCUGAGUUGGUGAGGUCUGUUGUGACAAGCUAGUGGAAAAAUCCUAGGAGGAUUAUCAGAAAGGUAACAUGUAUUUCUGUCACUGUAAUUAAGCUGGUGAUAGAGCAGUAUUUUUCAAUUUAUAUAGGCUGUGCAUUUUAAAAUCUCGUGGCAACAUAGUUGGAAACCAAGUGAUUCUCAGGCAGGAUUCAAUAGUGCUGGCCCCAUUCAGGCAGGCGCCAGGUGGGGCUGCCCUGAGCGGGGGCAGCUGAGGGGCGUGGGGCAGCAGCACUGUCUGGUGCAGUGGCUGUGUGUGCAGACAGCUCCGUGCUGGCCAGGAGGGUGCUGGGGCCCCAGGACACGCAGGGCAGGUUUGCUGCCUGUGCCUGUGAUUGUGUGUGCUGAGCCUAGUGUAAUGGCAGAGGAGCUACUGCUGCUGGCACCCAGGAAGAAACACUCGUUAGGGCAUGAGAAAACAGAAAUUAGGAGUGGGAUGGCUUGAGGUCCUCCUCAGUAACUGCUGGCCAUGUGCAAGGGUCUUCUUCCAAGGCUGGUGUUUUUCUGAGGAAUGCAUUUGUCUUAAAAGUAGUCUGGAACCUUUGAUAGGGACUUGGAGGAUAGAAGAUAAAGAGUCAUUUCCUGUUGUCUGGAAAUGACUCUUUUGACAUGUGGUGCCUGUAAAUAUGGGCACGGUUGGGUGUGAUUUCAUUGAAUUCACUGGAAUUGCAUCUACUGCUUUCACCACUGGAUUUGACUUGGAGACUUCUUCAUAGUACUGCUAGAAUUUGAUUAUUGGGUUUGGAGGUAUGCGGAUUUUAUUUUGUGACUUCUCUGACCUGGAGAGUUUUUUGUAUGACUCGGGAAGGAGGUUUGAAAACAAGCCCUUGGAUAAGCUUUCUAAAGUACUUCUGUCUGUCCAAGUCACUUUUAGAUUCUUUCACUUUUUAGUAGGUUUCAGAUAUAAAAUCAUACAUUUCAUGUGAGAGGCACUGUGAGAGGUUGGUUAGUGGCAUCAGUAAUACUAAUCAAACAUAAUUCAUCUGACUGUCAUGUAAAGGAAGGGAAGGUAAGGUAGAGGGGGAAGAGUGCAAGUCACUUCAAAAGACCUGCUCUGAAGCUCAGCUCUCCUCUAAUCUGCCUUUCAAAUCUGGCUUCUUCUGCCCUCAUACAGUGAAACAACCUGACAUUUUAGCAAUUUUUGAAAGAAAAGGAGUGAAGUGUUUAGAAUGCAUCAAAGGGGUGAAGCAGAGAACAUCUGAAGAAGAUCAUCUUUUGUCUGAUUGAUACCCUCUUACUUCAUGGCAGAGGAGCGAAAGAAAGAGACGCAUGGAAUCUCAUUUAGAAUUCAAAUCACUGUGAAGGAAGUGCUGGAUACAGAUGUACUUUUAAAGCUGUUUUUUCAUUUACCAGUCAAUUACCCAUCAACUGUACCAGAUAUUUCUGUUACCUCAGACCAGCUUACAAGGGCCCAGUGUGUGGAUGUGAGAGAGAAAUUACUUGAAGAAGCCAAGCAGCAUCUUUCUGAGCCCAUGGUACACGAUCUGAUUCUUUGGGUACAGCAGCAUCUUCAAGAUGUCAUUAAGCAAUCAGCAACAGUUUGCAAUGAAAAAACUACUUUGUCAAAAGGAACAGAAGAUGGUAUCUGGAUGCUCCUUUUGCAUUUAGAUCACAUGAGAGCAAAGGCAAAAUAUGUGAAAACUGUGGAAAAAUGGGCUUCAGAUCUAAGGCUGACUGGAAGACUGAUGUUCAUGGGCAAGAUAAUAUUGAUUCUUCUUCAGGGUGACAGGAACAGCAUUAAGGAGUACUUGAUUCUUCAGAAAACUUCUAAGGUGGAUGUGAACUCAAGUGGAAAGAAAUGCAAAGAGAAAAUGAUGAGAGUACUGUGUGAGACAGAACUACAGUCCCAGCAUAAAAGGUUUCAGAUGUUUGAAGUCAAAGAAUAUUCAGCACUGGAGGAGCUACAAAAGGAAUUUGAAACUGCAGGACUUACAACUCUUUUCUCUGAGUUCGUGCCUCCUCUCUUAAAGUAAAAUUAGAAGAAACCACUGGACCUCUGACCAAAGCAGUAGACUGCAGAUGGAAGAUAGAAGGACUAAUGUGGCAAAACAAUCUUGAAGCUUUUCUGCAAGAAAUACCAGUAGUAGUCAAUCUUUUGCAAGAAAAAGGCAAUUAAUACCUUAAGAACUGAUAAUUUUUUGCCAUUCAUGUCAAAAAACAAUGUGAUGUUGAUUGUAAUAAUUGCAUGGCAAGCAUGAGAGACUGGGAAGAAAUAAUGCUAAAAAAUAGUCUUGUAGUCA